GUCUACCUACAAAAUUAUUAAGUAUUGAGGCUUAAACAUCAUUGGAUUAUAUUCAACAGAGAGAGUUGAAUUAUUUUUCAAAGAACAAAACUACGGUAGGAUUAUUUGCAAGUUAGUUGCUCGAUUUAUCACAGCAAUCGAUCAAUUAGUGAUUCAAGUGAUCGAGAAAGACAACUUGUAUAUAUUUACCAAGUAGUUUCGGCGAACAUUCAUUCAUAUUAAAGAAUGAAGGGAUCGUUGGUGAUCCUAUUCGUUUUGACGAUUGUAAUCGUCCAUUCGUCGGUGGAAGGAAAGAUAUUCGGACGAUGCGAAGCUGUAAAAGAGCUACAGAAAGCUAGAAUCAGUAGGUCCUUCUUAAGCAACUGGGUCUGUCUGAUGGAAAGCGAAAGUGGAAUGAACACCGCGCUGAUGACUGGUCCAAAAACAGCCUCCAGCUAUUCUUAUGGUAUUCUUCAGAUCAACAGUGCCAAGUGGUGUGCCAGAGGACGUGCAGGUGGCAACUGCAGUAAGCGCUGCGAAGACUUCCUGAGCGACGAUAUACAGGACGAUAUUGCGUGUGCCAAGAAAGUCUUCGAUCAGGACGGAUUCAAGGCUUGGGAUGGAUGGAUGAAAAAGUGCAAGAACAAACCGCUACCAGACAUCUCAAACUGUAUACGUAGGAGAAGAAUGGCCGAGAUCGAGAUCGAUCCGAUUUUCUCAAGGUCAUCUGCGAUCAUCCGCGAUAUUAGUGGCAGACAUCGCAUUUAUAAGACGGAUUUCCGCGUGAAUCCUCAGUUCUUGGCGAAUAUUUAUUCAAAAAAAAUGAUAAGCUCGUGGAUGAUCCUAUUCGUUCUGACGAUCGUAACUGUGCAUUCACCGGUGGACGGAAAGAUAUACACACAAUGCGAGGCAGCAAGGCAGUUAGUGAUAGCUAGAAUCAGUAGGACCUUCAUCAGUAACUGGGUCUGCCUGAUGCAAUACGAAAGUGGUAUGAACACGCAUUUGGUAACUGGUCCAAAAACAGGUUCGAGCUAUUCUUACGGUAUCCUUCAGAUCAACAGUGCCCAGUGGUGCACCAGAGGACAUAAAGGUGGGGUCUGCAAUAAGCGCUGCGAGGACUACUUGAGUGAUGAUAUACAGGAAGACAUCGUGUGCGCCAAGAAGAUCUUCGAUCAGCACGGAUUCAAGGCUUGGGAAGGAUGGGUCAAGAAUUGUAAGAAUAAACCACUGCCGAAUCUCGCACAUUGCUUCCGGCGGAAAAGAAUGGCGACCGAGAUCAAGACUGAUCAGAUUCUGUGAUGAUUUGUGUGAUCAGUGAUGGAGACUUUUGACUUUUCUAAGAGUGUGGAAAAUCAUUAAAAAAUUUUCGAAAUUUGUCAAAAAUUUAUAAUUUUUGUUUAAUACCCCGAAUUCUCAGUGUGGAAUUCAACACCUACAGGAGAUCUAAGUGUGGAGAAUUCCACAUCCUCCAUAAGGAAGUCUCCGUCUACGUGGAUUGUGUAAUACUGUUUGACACAUUGACUGUAAUCGAUACAAUACUGAAAUUAAUUUCGCUUUUAAUUUCACUGCUUGUAAUCUCUCUGUCACGAAUUAAAUUUUUACUAACAUUUAACUUACAUAAUCGAUUCCGUCAGACAAUUUCAACAGAUUGCAUAUCUCAUUCCAUUAAAGGAUUCUUCUAAUUGCGCGCAUCGUACCUGUUGAACGUAAUAAAAACGAAGUACGCUGUAUGUUUUAUAAAUAUGGAUCUAAAUCGAUUGGAUCAACGCCAUUUAUGACGUAAUGCUUUACAGCCAUAUCUUAAACCCAUGUUGCACAGCUUGACAGACUAUGCGAAAUGGUUUAGAAAUUCCAACUGUUAGAAUCGCAAAACUGUACGUGAUGAGAUUUCGCUGAUGUCUUCCCGAUUUCAUCCCUUUAUAUUCAUGUUACGUGUACGGCAUUCAAGAAGAUCGUUUUUGCUCCCAAGUACGAGUGUCAUAUUUACGACAUUCAGAAAUAAGAUGGACAAGCCUUAUGUAACUAAUAUCUCUGUGUUGAAGUAAAGAAGCAAGUUUUACAUAUUUCUUAAAGAGAAGGAUGUAUACAGAAAUUUCACAA